AUUGACUCCUCCUUGGCAUACACUACUUGAUUGAGAAAAACUUAGUAGUUCACUAGACUGCAAACCAUUGUUCUCUUACCUUUCUCUGAAAAUCCAUUCACUUUGCUGUUGUUGAGAUCAUAUCAUCAUGGCUGGUGCACUUGUUGGUGGAGCUUUUCUCUCUGGAUUCAUUAACAUUGUCAUUAACAAGUCCCUUAGAGAGGAUGUGGUCAACCGCGUCUUGGGCAAGAAACUUGGUCCUGGCUUGGUUGAGAGGCUGAAAAUUUCUCUGCUCGCUGCUGAAGCUGUGCUUGAUGAUGCUGAGUACAAGCAACUGGGUGACGAACGCGUACGGGAUUGGCUCAACUGUCUGAGAGAUGCUGUUUAUGACGCUGAUGACUUUCUGUACGCUGUACUCACCAAAGCCGCCACUCAAAAGAAGGUACGUUCUUUGUUGCCUAGUUUCUUCCUCAACCGACAUAGGAAGAUGGUAGAUAACAUGGAAGGGGUGGUUUCAAGAAUAGAAUUUCUUGUAAGUCAAAAAGAUAUCCUUGGUCUUCAAAAGACUACCAAGGAUAAUAACUUGUCAUCAUCAUCAUCGUCAUCAUGGCGAGAAACCACAUGUCUGAUGGAAGGGAACAUAUAUGGCAGGGAGGAUGAUCAACAAGCUCUAAUCGAAACAAUAAAUGACAAGAGUGAAUCUCAGUUAUCUGUGAUUCCUAUUGUUGGCAUGGGUGGGGUUGGUAAAACAACCUUAGCCAAAUGGGUGUACAGUGUCGUGGAAGGAUUUGAUCUCACAGCAUGGGUCUGCAUCUCUGAAACAUUUCAUGUUGCUGACAUUACAAAGAAAACCAUUGAGGAAAUUACAAAAACUACUUGUAGCCUUGGGAGUUUAAAUUUGCUUCAAAAUGAAUUGCAGAAAAUCUUGUCGGGAAAGAAGUUCUUUAUUGUUCUAGACGAUGUCUGGAGCGAUGACGCUGAUAAGUGGAAGCAAUUUAUAACUCCUUUUCACUGUGGGGCUAAGGGUAGUACAAUUCUUCUAACAACUCGCAAUCAAGAGGUUGCUUCAGUAGUUCAAACAUGUCCCUCUUGCACUCUUAAUGAGUUGUCCCAAGAGUCUUGUUGGUUAUUGUUUGCAGCCAAUGCAUGUUUUCCGGAGUCAAACGGGAACCCAACACUAGUUGAUGUCGGUAGACAAAUUGUCAACAAGUGUAAGGGUUUGCCAUUAGCUGUAGAAACACUUGGCCGCAUGUUGCGAGGAAAGGAUGAUGCUGAAGAAUGGAAUGCUGUUUUAAGGAGUGCCAUCUGGGACUUUCCUAUGAAAAAUAGUAAAAUUAUUCCAGCAUUGUUAAUAAGCUACUUCCAGCUACCUCCUUACUUGAAGCGUUGUUUCGUUUAUUGUUCCUUGUUUCCCAAAGAUCAUUACUUUGAGAAAAAUGAACUAGUUUUGCUGUGGAUGGCUGAAGAUCUUUUAAGGCUACCAAAGAGAGGAGAGAGUUUAGAAGAGGUUGGUUCUCAGUGUUUUGAAGAAUUAGCUUCAAGGUUAUUUUUUAAACCAGCUGAGUAUCGUCGUGACAGGUACGUGAUGCAUGAUCUCUUGCAUGACUUGACAAUAUUCCUUGCUGGAGACUUCUAUUCUAGAAUACAAGAGCUUGGUGAACAAGAAAAGAAGGUUCUCACUCGUCAUUUGUCACAUUUCUCACAUCGAAGCUUAUGUCCUCCAAUCACAAAAGUCUCUAACUCCAUUGCGAAAUUGGAAUCUUUGAGGACAUCGUUGUAUAUCAAUGAUUUCUUUAGCAUGGAAAGCGGAGAAUCAAAGUUUAAAUACUUGAGAGUUUUAUCCUUUUAUAAACUUGAUGUAUUACCUGAUUCAAUAGGUGAAUUGAUUCAUCUACGCUAUUUGAAUCUCUCUAGGUGUAAGAUUAAUAGUUUGCCGGAAUCGUUGUGCAGCUUGUAUAAUCUACAAACAUUAAUAUUGCAUGGAUGUAGUAAGCUGACCAUGUUGCCCAGUGGCAUGCAUAAUCUUGUGAAUUUACGGAAUCUGGAUCUUAGGAAUACUUCUUUGGAAGAAAUGCCUGGAGGAAUAAGCAAAUUGGAGCACUUGCAUACCUUAAGUUCCUUUGUGGUGGGCAAUAAUGAAGAUAAUGGAAUCCAGGAAUUAGGAGGGCUCUCAAAUCUUCAUGGGUUGUUGGAGAUUAAGAAGUUGGAGAAUGUUGUUGAUGUCAGACAAGCAACGAGUGCAAGGAUAAGAGAUAAGAAGCACAUUGAUAGGUUGCGGUUGAAGUGGUCUUCAGGUGGUGAUAUGGUUUCAAAUAUGCAAACUGAGAGAGAGAUACUCCACAGCUUGGAACCGCACAAUGGCUUGAAAGAGUUGACAAUAAGGCGAUACACGGGUACAAUAUUUCCAGAUUGGUUGGGGCACUGUUCUUACAACAAUAUGACACGUGUAUCUCUAAUGUCUUGCAAGAAUUGCUGCAUGCUGCCUUCACUUGGACAGUUGCCAUCUCUUAAGGACCUGUACAUUCAAGAUUUCGGUCAGCUCAGCAGCAUUGGAAUUGAGUUUUACAAGAAUAAAGACAAUCCUUCUUUGCAUAUUGCUCCUCCUUUUCCCUUGUUGGAGAGUCUGGAAUUUUGUGAUAUGGCAUGUUGGGAGGAGUGGCACUUACCUGAUUCAAAAGUUUUUCCUCAGCUUAAGAGUCUUCAAAUAAGAGAUUGUCCAAUGUUAAAGGGAGAUAUGCUCAGUCAUGUAUUAGUGAGAAUUGUUUCUUCCUCAAUGAAUGUUUCAGAAGUUCGCAAACUGGAAAUAAGACAAGAUGACAAAGGAGGGUUUCUAGAGAUGGUACUUUCUGGGGAUACUUUAUCAUUUAGCGGUUGUGAAUCUAUGGUGGAGUCUGCAAUUAAAGCAAUGAUGAGCAUCAACCAUCUAAGUUGCCUCCAAGAAAUAGAAAUCUCAGAGUGUUCAUCACUGACCUCGUUGCCGUUGGAUGCCUUUCCCAAUCUCGAAGAUCUCGAGAUAAAAGGAUGUUCAAAUCUGGAAUCAGUUUCAAUGUCAGAGGCACCACACGCUGCUCUUCAACGUCUAUCCAUUACUUUCUGCAACAAAUUAGUGUCAUUAGCAGGAGAAGGACUGGCUGCACCCAACUUGACUCAUCUUCAAGUCAGAUGGUGCGACAAGUUGGAGGCAUUACCACGUGACAUGAAGAGUCUACUCCCAAGUCUACAGUCUCUCCAGAUAUUUGGUUGCUCAGACAUGUUCAGGUUGGCAGAGGGUAAUUUGCCGCCUAACUUGAAAGAACUUGAAGUGGGAAUUUGCGAGCAACAAAUGAGGGAUCUAUCAUGGAUGGCCAACUUCCACGCCCUCACUCAUCUUGAAAUUUAUGGAAAAUACUGCCACAACAUAAAGUCAUAUCCAGAGGUGGAUUCCCUGCCUCAUCUUCCCUCCCUUACCACUCUCACGAUACGCGGCUUUCCUAAUCUGGAGACAUUGGAGUGCAACGAGCUUCUCCGCCUCACCUCCCUUCAACAAUUGCGCAUUUCAGACUGUUGGAACCUGGAGAAUAUGGAAGGAGAAAAGCUGCCUCCCUCUCUCUUGCGACUCAAAAUUGAACAGUGUCAUUUGCUGGGAGAACACUGCAAGAACAAGCAUCAACUAAUCUGGCCCAAAAUUUCCCACAUCCCAACCAUUCAAGUCACUCGCGAAAGAGAUUUCAUGAAAAGAUUGCUUCUUAGGAGGUUUGCUUGGGCUGAAAAAUUAAAUAACAUGUUGCAAGCCCAAUGGAAUAAUGUUAUCUCAGCUUUGUUGAAUAUUUCCCACACUAUGAGGCUGAAUUAUUUUUCUGGGCCAACAUUACUUAUUAUUGAUAUAAGCCCAAAUUUGUUUUAUGCAUGCUCCAAAUCUUAUCAGGAAAGCAAAUGCUUAUAUUUGGGCCAAGAAUAACCCUUACUACAACCAAGCCCAAAAUUAUUAAUGUUUCCAUGCAUCAACCGAAUCCAUGAAGCAAAUAAAGUAACUAAAUGCUUCCAACGGAUUCCACUUCAUUAUAUUGAAGGAUUUCAAACUCAAUUAAUGCAUUGGAAACAUAAGAAAGAGAGAGAAAGAUUGAUUUGAUGGCAGCCAUAAUGAUACACGCCACUCUAAGCUAGGGAAGUGGAACUUUUAAUUUCAUUUCAUCAUUGUCCAUUAGUUUGAGUUCAAAUUUCUCUCUCUUCUCUCUCUCACAUUUGCUUCUCUCUUCGGUUAAUACUCAGGAAACCAUGGAGGCUACAUGGUGCUACCGAAAGGAAAGAAAAGCAAGGUUGAAGACCAUCAAGUUGAUGGCACGAAAAAGAAAAGGAAAAGUAUGCUGUGGCUAAGAUUUGCAUCACUUAUGGUAAGAUUUUGUGAUGAGAUCCUGGCUUCUUCAUACCCAAAAAAGGAAGAUGAAGAUUCGGCCAGCAGGAAGAUCCUUGGAGGCAUGGCUUGUCUUUGAUUCUGCUCAACCACCACAGGGAGUAGCUAGAGUGGCGAAGUGAUGGUUGAAGGCAGAAGUUGAAGCAGAUGAAGUCAUCAUCAUCAUGAAGCAUCAAGGGCCAGAAAUCCAUCUUGGAGAGGAAGCCAAGGAUGGAGCGCUCGGAUUGAUGAAGAGUGGUGACCAAGAAAGGACUAGAGGUAUUUGCAUGUUGGUUUUUGCAUGAGUUACCUCUUCUCUCUGUAUGGCCGAACCGGUUUUUUGUUGAAGGAAAAGAAGCUGAGCUCGGGUUUGUGUGUCAAAUCGUGAAGGCUUCACUUCUCUAUAAAAGAGGUGAACAGUCAUGGUUUGAUCCAAGGAAAAGAAGUAAGGAGAAAAUUUGAGAGUGCAAGGCACAGAGUUCUCAGAGCUACCUAAGCUAGCAGUUCUUCUUCUCCUUCAAUGUUUUCUGUUUAAUAUUUUUCUGUUUAAUUUUGUCAUGUCUUGAGUCUCAUGGAAAAAGGCAAACAGUGAGGUUUGUAGAAAAAGCCAUAGAGCGGAAAAAGGCAGAGAGUGCAAAAUUAAAAGAAAAAAGUCAUAGAUGUCUUAGAGUUCCUUUGUACAUCUGUGUUGUGUUUCAUGAUUCUGUGGGAAUCCCCUUGUAAGUUGGGUUAGCACUUUACAAGUUGUAAUCUGGAUGAUUAUAGUGAAAUUCCAUCAUUGUUGUGGUGGAGACUGGAUGUAGG